UAUCGUUAGAGGGCUUAGCUGCGAUUUUGGAGAAGAUACCCCGGAAAUACUUGAAGUUCACACAAGAACUCGGCUUCAGCGUGCCGAUCCAUGAAUUAGUCGAAUACCGCUGUGUACACCACGGUGGUAAUGGGCACCUAAUUGAUGACGCGGUUCAAGAUCAGCUUGUUGGAUCUCUUGCAAAUGAUGACUAUAUGAGCUAUGAAGAGAUGGACAGGAUUACAGAUGACGACACGGACAAGGGCUGCAUCCGGGACUCUCUCUCUAGUUUAGCUUCUGCGUUGGAUUCGGUGAGGUUUCCAGAUGAUCACUUACGAAGAUUUCGGUGGGAGGUAGGAACAUGUAUUCCAGAGGUUCUCUUUUGCGGCCCAAACUCUCUUCUCGGGAAUCAAGGGCAGAUCCAAUCCAUUAAAUUGAUUACCGAUGGUGAAUGUGGCGCGAAUAAAAGCGCGCAGAACUCUGUUAACCAUGUCCAAUUCAGAGACUUACAGUCCCUUGAUUGGAGGGGUUUGAACCAAUUCGAUGACUUCGAAUCCGUCAGGCAAUGUAUCAAAGCCCAUGGCCACCAAAUCAAAUCACUUACUCUGGACCUUUUGACAUGGAUUCGUGCAGAGAAAAUCUGGGCUGACGGAUUCUGCCAACGGAUGCCCCAACCCAUAAAGACUCCUGAUAACUUCUUCUCACAAAGUGUGCUUGAUAUCUACCCCCGAGACCAAAAGAUUAUCUUUUUAGCUCUGGAAGAUCUCCAUCUAUCAGCUGUAUCUUUCUAUCAUACCGGCAUGGAAAUGGUCCACGCUUUUCAUAUCGAACGCCUGAAGAGUCUAAGAUUGCGGAACUGCCCAGGAUCGCUUGGCUGGUUACGCAUGAUACUCAACUCUGGAAAGUCAACGAAGUUGAAAACCCUCGAACUUGCUUUUGAUCUCAAUAGCCUGGAGAGAGAUACAUACAUGCACAUCACGGAGACGAUCUGCGAUUUUGUUCAUGACUUUUCUAGCUUGGAGAGUGUGUAUCUAAUGCUCCCUGAGCCCGUUAAUUGGGGCAGGCUUAUACAUACCCUGUCAGGCCACCGUCACCUUAAGCGCCUUGUUGUUCAUCAUCUGGUGGAUAGAGGUGGCCAGAAUCUCAUUGAUGGAGAUAUACCAUGGCCUUCACAUUUGGAUCACACGCUGCAAGAAAGCCAACUAACUUGCUUUGGAGCCUCUAUCCCACCCAUGGAGGCAGUUGUUUACAAAGGAUUUAGCCAAGACCGUCAUGCAAAUUGAUACAUGUUAGGAUAAGUGGAGUGGUCCUAGACAGACUUAUCAACUCUGUGAAACCUAACUGGUCUUCUUCAUCUCUCUAUUCCUAUAAGUAUGGCGAUGAU